ACCUCAAAUAAUCAUAUGAUCAUAAAAAUAAGAGAACAGCCAUCUUGAGAUUUGUUUCGUGUGUUGGGUUACAACUGACAAAUUAUUACUUUUAAAAAUAAUAUAUUUUACAGUGAUUAUUAAAAUAAAAUUCAAUUUUUUACUCGAUAUGAGGGCAUGAUGAAGGAGGAGACAUCCUUUUUUUAAUUUAUCAAGAUAACAAUAAUUGGACUACGUCUACAGAGGAAUUGGGAAGGCAGUGGCAGUAUUUCCUCUCUUUCAUAUCCGGGACUCGCGUGUGUGUGAAACAUGCCGUACAAGAGAUUUGUGGAGACCGGCAGGGUUGCCUACAUUGCCGAUGGCCCAGCCAAGGGUAAAUUGUGCACAAUCGUCGACAUUGUCAAUCAAACAAAGGCGCUUGUCGAUGGACCAGAGACAGGCGUGCCCCGCAGCCAGAUCAGACUGAACCAGCUGCACCUGACCAAGUUCCGCAUGAAGUUCCCCUUCACCGCCUCCACCCGAGUCGUGCGCAGCGCCUGGAAGAAGGACAAAAUCGACGAGAAGUGGAAGGAGAGCAUCUGGGCCAAGAAGGUCGAAGCUAAGAAGAAGAGGGCAGAGCUGACCGACUUUGACAGGUUCAAGCUGAGGCACGCGAAGAAGGUGCGCAAUGUGAUGCGAAAAUCGGUCUAUUUGAGUCUUAAGCUGGAGAAGCAGCGACAGACGAAAGUCAAGCUGAGCGCCAAGAAGGGUAUCAAGAAGGAAAGAAAACCAAAACGCGAAAAGAAGCCCAAGGCGAAAAAGGCUGCCGCACCAGUCAAGAAGUGAAUGUAAAUUAAUUAAAUGAGGGUUUUUCUUUA